AAUUUGCAUCUGUUUCUGGAACCAUGAAAAUUUUGCUGGUUUUUGACUUUGACAAUACAGUCUUAGAUGACAACAGUGACACCCGGAUUGUCCAGUGUGCUCCAGAGAAAAAGCUUCCGAUUGAGCUGCAAGAUUCUUACCAGAAAGGCUUUUGGACAGAAUUUAUGGGUAGAGUCUUUAGGUAUUUGGGAGACAAAGGUGUCCGAGAAGAUGACAUGAAAAGAGUAGUGACAUCAAUGCCCUUCACUCCAGGAAUGGUGGAACUUUUAAACUUUGUCAGAAAGAAUCGGGAUCGAUUUGAUUGUAUCAUUAUUUCAGAUUCAAAUUCAGUCUUUAUAGAUUGGGUUUUAAAAGCUGCCAAUUUUCACGAUGUGUUUGAUAAAGUGUUUACAAAUCCAGCAGCCUUCGAUCACAAUGGUCAUCUCACUGUGGAAAAUUACCACACUCAUUCUUGUACUCGGUGCCCAAAGAAUCUCUGCAAAAAGGUGGUUCUGGUAGAGUUUGUAGAUAGUCAGCUACAACAGGGAGUGAAUUAUACACAGGUUGUUUAUAUAGGUGACGGCGGGAAUGAUUUCUGUCCAGUGACUUUUUUAAAGAAGAAUGAUGUUGCCAUGGCACGGAAGGGAUAUACCUUGCAGAAAACCCUCUCCAGAAUGCCUCAGACUCAUGGUCCUGUGGAAUCCUCUGUGUUAGUUUGGUCUUCAGGUGUUGAAAUAAUUUCUCAUUUGCAGUUUCUAAUAAAAGUAUAAUAU